AUGGAGAACAUUUUCUCAUCUCUGAAUGGCCUCACGGAGACAUGGCUGACCUUUGGCUCAGCUUCCUACCACAUAGACCUUAACUCCACUCUUCUGAGUGGACUGGGGCUCCUGCUUCUGUACAUCAGCUCCCUGAUAGUGAGACUGCUUGCCCGGUCUCUGCAGAGAAAGAAAUACACCCCGGAGCCACAGGAGGAAGGGAAGGAGAGAAGGCAAGACCUUACAGAUGGGGGAACUUGCCAGGGAGAAGCAGAGCAGAGAAGAAAGCUACAGACAAUCCAGCGAAGCCCUCCGAGGGAGCCCUCCGAUGCCAGCUGCGAUGAACUGCUGCCACAUGGAGGUCCCCUCUUCCCUGUAUGUGACAGAUCUGGUGAUGUUGGUCACCAGCUCUCCCAGGCCAUCCUCAAAGAUGGCGCUGCCUCUCACUUCUACGUGACUUCCACAGCUCCUGUGACAGAGGCCUCGUUUAUUCUGUCCUCUCUGCUCACAGGAAGGCAGCCAGGACAUCCAGCUCCAGCCGGUCCUCAGGAGCCUUUGCCGCUGGCUCAGUCUAUCCUCUCACCUAACUGCUUUGCCUCCUUAGAUGGCUUCCACUCAACCGCACUGCUGCAUGACUCUCUGACACCAGAGUCCGCACUUCCCUUGAACCCUAAGCCUCUACCGGACCCCACCCCACCCUACCCGUUCCCUUCUUUUCCUCUUCCGAAGAAAGAAGUGCAGAAGUCGGAAGCGGUCUUCCGGCCGGAAACCACUAGAUCUCUGGUGGACGGACCCGAUGAGGUGUCUGUGAAUGUCCCACCAGUCAAAGGCACUGGCUAUGUAAGACAGGCAAUGCCAGCUGCCUCCCCACGGCAGCCUGCUGCUGACAACCAGUUAUCUUCAGGCUUGGAUAACCAGCGUCCCCCACCUACCCAUGUUUCUCAAGCCUCUUUGCAGAAAGAAACAAGGGCCUACCAUCUAGAGCCCGGACAGCUCUUUUCCCCCAACUCUGAUGCCCUGAAACUGCUCAAAAGGCUAGACCAGAAGGGGCGUGAUUUCCUGAUGGCAAAGGAAGAGGAGAACAGAGAUGGUUUUACAAAGUCACCCAGUUCUUCGGAGAAGCUGCCGCUGGGAAAGUCAUUGGUUGAGCCACAAGAUUCGGCGGCUUCUCACACAGCAAGAAGCAGGGUCACGCACCAGCAGCUCUCUCCGUCCAGGACUUCUGAAGACCACGAGGAGCUCAAACCUGCCCAGCUCUUCUGGGGCCCCCCUUCUCUGCACAGUGAGGCCCUGCGCCCUCCUACUGCCUUGUAUGACCGCUCCUCAACAUCCGUCUGCUUCAACAGCAUCGCCGAAGCCUCCAUUGCCGACUACUCCCAUGCGAUUCUGCUUCCCACGCCCCUCUCUGUGUAUGGAUCACAGACCUGGCUACAGCCCGAGCCCCAGUCUCAUCCUCCAUGUGACCCUCUUGCUGAGUCGCAGCCUCAGCCUCACCUCCAAUACCCCGUCUCAGUCUUGACGCUUGCUCCCUCUCAAUCCGAGCUGAGAUACUGUGGGGUGCAUUUUCACAGACCCCAGGGAGACGAGCAGCCUCUCGGACCUUCUGCCACGCAGUGCCUGGAAUACAACAUCUUGAAAAAAGAGCAAGAGAGGGUGUGGGGUUUACCCUUGGUGAUCAAAAAAUCCCAGGAUGCCUUUUGCCCCUCCCCUCCCAAGUUCUUGUCCGCAAGUCGCUCCUCCAAGGCCUGUACUCCUCGGCCCAUCCUUCCUGGAGACUUCCCCCUCACCGGGGAGCUCCAGAAGAAACUGGAACACCAUCUCCGAAAGAGACUCAUUCAACGCCGCUGGGGCCUGCCCCACAGGAUCGAUGAGUCCCUGUCACUCAUGAGUCCUCAGCCAGAACGGACUGACAUCUCUGAGUCUAGGAGGACCCGUAGACUCUCGAAGACUACUUUCUCUAAGAGCCACGGCAAGAAAGACUCGAAGGCCAUUGGACCUGGAAGAGCAGGAGGCUUUCUCUCUCGGAUGCCUGAAGGUCAUUCUCUGCAGCAGGAGAUUUUGGUCAAAGAACAGACAUACCGUCAAGAUACUGGCCAAAACGACCGUCCCCAGGGCAACCUUCAGGGGGCGCCACAGAAGACGCAGCCGGAGAGUCAGGAAAGCAGGCAGCCCGGCAAACCUUCAAGCCCUUCACAGGUGCGUCAGAAAGGAAUUGAAAACAUCCUGCAAGAACACCUGAUCAAGAAAAUGAGGGAAAUCAGUGGGGGUGAGAUCCCUAGCGCCGUGGACAGGUCGAGGCAUUCUAUUAUGACUGUGGCACUGCCUGCACCUGAGACCUCCUCCAGACACGUGGCACCUUUGGCAGGUGAGGAAGACGGACCGACAGAGCACCCCCCCGGCUUGACGCUCAGUCCUAGCAAAGAGAAGAUGCUGGAAGAACACAUCACAACCUUCGGCAGGAGGAUGGCGUUCGGCCUUCCUCAAAGAGUUGAGGAAUCCCUAGAGACCUACUUGACAAAAGCAGCGCCAUCUCGACCUUCCCAUCAGCUCCACUCUCGAGCCCACAGCGUUUAUGCAGUGGAUUCUGACAAGCCCUCCAGGUUCCUCAGAAGAAACACUAAUGGAGAUAGAAAGGGGACAGUGGAUUUAGUCCCCAUCCAACACAGGCCUCUCCCUGCUGCCUCGCUUGCGGGCCACACACAGCCAGCCUCUGAGAACAAGAAGGUGUGUGUAGACAAAGACCUUAGCAUGGCCCCAAGUGGCCGAGAGCCCAUCAAGCACUGGACACCCAGUAUGGCACACAAAGGCAUCCGGCAACAUUCUAGAUCAGACAGCGGACCUGACCCAGAGCCACCCAUGAGCCCAGAGGGGCCAACAGAGGAGAGAUUGGCUUCCAGCAACAACACACAGGGCUCUCAGGGAGAGAGGAAGAACUGGAAAAACUGCUCCAUGGCUGAGGGGUCCACAGAGCUACACAAGGGAGAGCAACUCCCUGGUCUUGACCCACAGUCCACUAAGAACUUGAAAGGCACCCAGGGCCUGUGCUCCCCAGGGAGCCAUGUGACUGGAUGUCGGUCCCUGCAGGGAAUGUCCGUUCCCCAGGACUCUGAGAUGCCUUACUCUAAAAGUCAGGUGUUCACAGAAGUCGUGCCAAACUCAGAGGGCGAAACACACAUCCAGGUGCCAGGCCUGCCCGCCACAGCCUUUGCCUCAAAAGAAAUGACUUCCAAACCCCGGGGCCCCUCCAGUGGGGAUAUGGCAGUUUCUCAGGUGCUGCAUGUGCACUUCCCCUCUGUGGGCAUCAACAUAGAGCCACGGCAGGGUCCCUGGGUCCCUGCAUAUGUCUCAGGCCAGAGCAAGAACAAGGACUGUCCCCCAGCUGCCAGAGGAGUGUCCCCACUGGUAACUGAGGCAGGAAAGCUUGGUGGAGGGGAUGCAGGCUUGGGGACAUCCCGGACCAGAGGCAAGAGACACUGUGCUCAGGCCAGGGCAGCAGAGGAAACCCAAGGACACACAUCCUCCCCAGCACUGACACCUAAGAGUCAGCCUCUGGAAAAUCAGUUCCCCAACCAGGUGAAGGGCUUCUGGCAGAGGCUGUCCCCUGGGAGGAAACACAAAGGGCAGGAAAAGAUCCUGGCCAGGGGCUGCUCCUCAUUAAUGCCAAUGAAGGGCGCAAGCCUCAUCAAAGGGAGAUGUGAGUUCUGUGGGAACACAGCAGCUCAGAAAUGUGUGAGAGAGCCUGGGAUGGUCCUCAGGAAACAGCUAGGGUUCAGGCAUUGGACAGUCAUUCCCUGUCCCCAGGCACCUGUGUCUCCCCUCAUGGGGUCUGUAGAAGCUCAGCAGGAGUUGCAACUGCAGGCUCAGGCAGAGCCUGCCCAGAGGCUGCCCCACUUCUGCUGCAGAGCUUCCUGCUCUCAAGUGCAGAGGGCUGAGUCCUGCAGCCCAGGACAAGGGCAGACAGCCCUUGAGAGGUGCGGCACUACUGGAAAAGCUAAGAUGGUGGAGCCCUCCCCCAUGCAUGCUUCUCCACCAAAGUCCUAUCUGUAG